UUAAAUGCAUUGUAGACUGUUUGACUGACUACUUUUAGGUUAUAUCUCAGAUCCCUUGUUUUAGGUACUUAAUACUCCUCACUUAUAUUACAUAUUUUUCUAUAACUAAUAACUAUUGCAUUUCGUAAUCUGAGUGAGUUAUGGUUGAAAAAUAUGGAUUUCGCACGUAAACAGCUUGAAAAGUAUGGCUGGACAGACGGCAAAGGACUUGGUAAACACGAAAAUGGCAUAUCCCAAGCGUUGAAACCGAAGUUAAAGCGAAGUGUUACAGGUAUAGGACAUGACGCUGCAGCAGAAUUUACAGAACAUUGGUGGACUAAACUGUACAACACUGCAGCCAGUAAUGUUGAGGUCACAGAAAAAAAUGGAAAAACAAAAAAAAUUAAAAGCAAAGACAACGAUUUUGAAAUAACCAAUUCAACAUGGUCUUAUAAAAAGAAAAAUAAAACGAAAUCAAAGGAAGAAUACACUAACUUCUUUGUAAGAACAUCCAUUCUGACUAAUGGAGGAGUAAAAACUGAGGAUUUAGAAAAAUCAGAGGAUAUAAAGGUUAACCAUGGGGAUGUUGUCAAGCUGACAGAUGAAGAGCUAUUUGCAGCUUGUGGAGGAAGGACAGCACAUAAGGGAGCCCGCCAUGGAGUAAAAGCUUUGGGAAAAUUAGCAAGAAUUGAGAUGCAAGAACAAAUGUUGCUGCAACAGACAAAAUACAAUGGAUAUUCUAAAACAAAAAAACAUAAAUCUCAUAAUAUAGAUAAAGAUAAAAUCCUAUUAAAUAAUAGUGAAGACAAAGACAAAAGACAGAAAAAGAAAAAAAACACUGUUCAAGUGAUACAGAGGUAAUACAUAGUGGAUGCACAGAAAAUUUUAAACACAUAAAACAUAAAUGGACAAACAGUACAGAGAAAAACCUAGAGAAUACUGCAGAUAAUAUAGAAAGUAGAGCUAUCGAAUGUGGAAAAAAGAAAAAUCAUUCUAUUAACACACAGGACACUGAGACAAAUGAAGAAUGUACCCCAUUAGAAGUAAAGAAAAAGAAAAUAAAAAAGUGUAAGCUAAAAAUAGAUAAACCUGAUGAUAAUGAUAAUGUACAAGAAACACCUGUUAGAAAUAAUGAUGGUAAUAAUAUUAUAACAUUA